AUGAGAGCUAUUGACUAUGUUGCCCCUACAUCUCUUAGCGAAGCCGUUGCGAUUUUGUCCGCACACGGCGAUCGCGCCCGCCCGUUGGCCGGCGGAACGGACAUAAUCGUCCAACUGCGUGGCGGCAGGCGAGAGCUGGACGUUUUGGUGGAUGCCAAGACGAUCCCCGAAUUGAACCAAAUUGAACUGACCGACAGCGGCCUCCGGUUGGGCGCUGCCGUGCCUUGUUACGAGGUCUACCAAAAUCAGGCCGUAGCCGCCGCUUAUCCCGGUCUGAUGGAUGCCGCUGGCCUCAUCGGAAGCAUUCAGAUCCAGGGCCGGGCCUCGAUCGGCGGGAACCUGUGCAACGCUGCGCCGUCAGGCGACAGCAUCCCCCCGGUAAUCACCAUGGGCGGUGAAGCACACAUCAACGGACCCAACGGUUGGCGCGCGGUGGCAGCAGAGGAUUUCUGCACGGGCCCGGGCAGGAGUGUCCUGGAACCCGGUGAAAUCCUGGUUGGUAUCCAGAUUCCGGCGCCCGCCGCCAAUUCGGGCACGGCGUACCUUCGCUUCAUCCCGCGAAACGAGAUGGACAUCGCCGUCGCCGGCGUUUCCUCGUCGGUGGUUCUGGACGGUUCGGGGCAGACGAUCCAGUCCGCACGUAUCGCCCUGGCCUCAGUGGGGCCGACCCCGAUCCUCGCCACCGCAGCCGGCGACAGCCUGGCCGGCAAGGCCGUCUCUGACGACGCGAUUGCCGAAGCCGGACGCCUGGCCAGCGAAGCUGCGAUCCCGAUUACCGACAUGCGCGGUACGAUCCGUCAACGCCAUCACUUGGUGGACGUGCUGACCCGCCGCACCCUGAAUAUCGCCAUCCGGCGCGCCCGAGGGGAGGAGUAA